AUGGAUCCUCAAAAACAGGCUGCGAUGGAAAACACAACUUCGAAAGAUUCGAGUGAGAAAUAUUUGAGUAAAGGACCGUUGGACGAUCAAGUAUCGGUAUCAUCGUGGGCACAGUCAAGGUGGUCACAGAGACGGUCUAAUCGUUGGGAUAAUCGUUGGAGUGGUCGCUGGAACCAUCAUUGGUCUAACGACGAAGAUUUUCGUCAUGGUGAUGAGGAAGAUGAUAUUUUGGCAUACGAUGAUGACGAUGGAGAAUGUGAUGAAUCUGGACUUCCAGCCAAGGGUAAGUUCCAUGACACUCAGGUGAAGCGUGCUCUCAAGCCACGUCACCUUGGUAUGAUUGCACUUGGGGGUACUAUUGGUACCGGUCUUUUCGUUGGUAUAUCGGAGCCACUUUCACGUUCUGGACCUGUUGGUUCCUUAAUUGCUUAUAUUUUCAUGGGAUCUGUUGUUUACUUUGUCACACAGUCACUAGGUGAAAUGGCGACUUUUAUUCCUGUUACAUCUUCCAUUACUGUCUUUACCAAGAGAUUUUUAUCACCCGCACUAGGUGUUAGUAACGGUUACAUGUACUGGUUUAACUGGGCAAUCACAUUUGCAACGGAACUUUCGGUUACAGGUCAAAUUAUUCAGUACUGGACUUACAAAGUUCCACUGGCAGCAUGGAUUCCUAUCUUUUGGGUUAUUGUUGCAGUUUUAAAUUUCUUUCCGGUUAAAAUUUAUGGUGAAAUCGAAUUUUGGGUUUCAUCAGUUAAGGUUCUUGCCAUUGUUGGUUAUUUGAUCUAUGCUCUGGUGAUAGUUUGCGGUGGAUCUAGGCAGGGUCCUAUUGGAUUCCGUUACUGGAGACACGGUUAUGCAUUUGGUGACGGUUAUAUCUCCAAGAAUAAAGAUGAAGCAAGAUUUUUGGGUUGGGUUUCUUCCUUGAUCAAUGCCGCGUUCACUUAUCAAGGUACAGAGUUAGUCGGUAUUAGUGCUGGUGAAGCUGCAAAUCCAAGAAAAACUGUUCCUCGUGCUAUUAACAAAGUUAUCUUUCGUAUUGCGCUAUUCUACAUCCUUUCGCUAUUUUUCAUCGGUUUGCUAGUUCCAUACAACGAUAAGAGACUGUCUGAUGGUUCUGCAAUUAUCGCAUCUUCGCCAUUUGUCAUUUCCAUGUUAAAUGCUGGUACAAGUGCUUUACCUGAUAUCUUCAAUGCCGUUAUUUUAAUAACGGUUCUCUCGGCUGCUAAUUCUGAUGUGUACAUUGCUUCAAGAGUGUUAUACGCAUUGGCUGGACAAGGUAAUGCUCCUAAGCAGUUUACUUAUGUUAACAGAUACGGUGUUCCAUAUUUGGGUGUCUUUGUUACAUGUUUGGUCGGAUGGUUGGCUUUCUUGGUUGUUAGCAACAAUGCCAACACCGCCUUCAAUUGGUUGAUUAACAUUUCUACAUUAGCGGGACUUACUGCUUGGUUCUUCAUAUGCUUUGCACAUAUUAGGUUCAUGCAAGCUUUGAAACAUAAAGGUAUUUCUCGUGAUGAUCUGCCGUUUAAGGCAAGAUUUAUGCCAUGGGGUGCUUACUAUGCCGCCUUCUUUGUUGGUUUAAUUAUUUUCAUCCAAGGUUAUGAUGCAUUUACUCCAUGGGAUACCAAGAGUUUCUUUACCAGUUACAUUUCGUUAAUCCUUUUCGGCGUGCUCUAUUUGGGCUGCUUGAUUUACUACAGGGGAAGAUUAUUGAUCAAGAUUGAAGAUAUCGAUAUCGAUACAGACAGGAAAGAGGUGGAAGCAUAUGUCUGGGAAGAAGAUGCCCCUAGAAACUGGUGGGAAAAAUUCUGGGCCGCUGUAGCAUAG